UUUCAAUUUCCGUUUUACACGUAUUGUACUCGGUACAGUCGGUUCCCUCCUCGUAUAAAUUUUACCGUCUUUUCAGUUUUUGUCGUAUUUUCGUUAUCUAAAAGCUUGAUUAAUCCAUCACUUGUAUUAGCAAAGUAUGGAAUUAUGGAUUAAAUUUUGCAGUUUAAUGAGUUACACGCGACUUUAGCCGUGAUCCGGCUGAUUUACUCUGCUCUAUAGUCUUUACUCUCUCUGCACGAGAGCUCCCUGUGUUUUCUCGGCGCGGAAUUCAUCAUCCUUCGAAAUGGCUACCUCUUUAGCCAGCCAGCUGAAAGCGCUCGCCGUCCCGCAGACAUCGGCGUUCGCCCGCGGAGUGAAAAAGCGUGCCUCCCUUCUCUUCGACCCCUCCGAAGCGGCCAAGUACGACCACAAAGAAAUCCUGCAAAUCUCCCUGGAGGGUCUCCACGAUCUGCAGCUGCUCAACGAGGACUUUGCCCGCUACGAAGACAUACUGUUUAGUCCCGUCAGUAUGGAGAUGGAGCGCUCGGUGCAGAAUAAGGAGCUGAAUGCCAAAUUGGAUGAGAAUAUCGGCGAGUUCUUGCGGAUGCUGGCGCCGUAUUUUCUCCAUCGGCCGGCGCACAAGGCUCUGGAAUGGCUGAUUGUGCGGUUCCAUAUUCAUCAGUAUAAUGUGGAGGCCGUUAUGAUGAUGGUGUUGCCGUUUCACGAUACGAAUAUCUUCGUGCGGAUGGUUCAGGUUCUGGAGUUUUCUUAUCACAAAAAGUGGUUGUGGCUGGAAGGCAUCCAGCGUAAAGGUGUCCCCCUUCAAACACCCGACCUCCUAAAAUAUCUCACCAAACAGCCCUGGCUGCUGGAACUCCUCCUCACCGAACUAGCCAAGCGUUCGCAGAAUCACUGGCUGGUUUCCGUGCAGAACGACGUCUUCCUGAAAUUUGUCAUCCAGAUUUGUUUGGGGAUUUUCAGCAAUACCUCCGUCGACAACGAAAUCAUCGCGCUGAUUGUACCCAAUUUAAGCCAAUGUCUGCAGUCCACCGCGGCGGAUUACCGGGCCGCUGCGUAUGCAUGCCUGGCCGUGAUGGUGCGCCAGCUUCCGCUGGAAAAAGCAGUGGUGGGGAAAAUUAUUGCCGCGCUGAUGAUUGCAGCGGGGAAAUUUUCCGAUGCGGUGGGAGUGGACGCGUUAGCCGCGUGCACGUCGGAGCUGGGGACGGUCCCGAAAGAGAUGAUGGACUAUUUGUUGAAUAAUGGAAAAUUCGUUGAGCUUGUUUGGGAUUGUAUCAAGCAGCAUAACUUGGGCAAAUUGCUGGCCGUUAUUUUUCGAACCGGCACCAAAAUGCUUUUCGCCAAGGGAAAUUUACCGCGUAAUGCAUUGGUGGAUUUGAUGAAGAAACUGCUGGGUGAAGUUUCUGUUGAAGAGAGCCAGCAGAAUGAAAUGUUGCGGUAUUUUGUUGCGGAAUUGCUACGGAAGAAAAACAAUGUGGCCGAUGUGGAUUUGACGGUGGGCCAGUUGGUCGCGGUUCUGCGAUCGACCAUGCCGUCCAGCUGGAACGCGGUGCUCGCCGAGCGCGGACGGGAAAAUGGACAUUUACUGGAACGGCUGGAUAUGACGCUGAUGAAUGAAAUGAGCGAAGAAAUUAUCGGAAAACUGCCGCAUACGACGUCGAUUUUCCUCAAACUGAACCACCCCAACCCGGUGAUGCGCAUCGAUGCGGUGAAGACGUUAGUGGAAAGCUCCGAAGAGUUAAGCGCGGAAUUUAUUCGGGAGAUGGUGGGAGUGCGGUUGAAAGACCGAGAAGUGGAUGUGCUGGCGGCGCUGUUCGAGGCGCCAAGCGUGGCCGUGCUUCGCAAAGCGUACGGUGAUGACGUUAAUAGUGUCCUGGAAAAAACGCUGUGCGCGAUUUAUAAAGAUGCUGAUCGAAAGAAAUGGGCGGAUGUCGAAGGGCUGGUCUUACGGGCGUUGAUGGGUGGCUCGGAUUUGAUGGAGUAUUUGCCGUUCUUGUUGACAGCCCUCUUAUCUAGGAAAUAUCCCGUUUUUGCUGAGAAUCCCACCUUCUCCGCUAAGUUUCCGCUGACCAAUCAAGCACUAUCCUCCGAAACGUCGUUGUUUGCGCUGCUGGAUGCCGUCAGCAAUGACAUUCUUACCAACCAUGCUACUAAAAUCCCUGCAUGUAUCAGCCGGUAUUUUUCCCUGUUGUCAUCACCGGAUGUUGAUCUACCACUCUGGACGUCGUUCCUGACCAUCACCGUGUUUAUUCGCCUGAUCGGUGACCGAUCAGAAAUGUUGGCAUCCGCCGAAGGAUGCACAUUAUUCGAUAUUAUUUCAUCCUUUUUAAGCCGCAUUUAUAUUUCCUCCAAAGAGGUGGACACGACGUCCGGGGAAGUGGUGGUGAAAAUGCUGAAACGCGGCAAAAUGCCCGUUGGUGUUCUGCUGGAUUGGUUCGGGAAGCUCUUCUCGAUGAAUGAAUAUUUCCUGGGUGACGGCACGGCUCGGAAGGUGUUGCUGCGUGCGGCGCGCUUGGCGUUGGAAAGCGUUAAGAAGCUGAAACAUCGCGCGCUGUUUGAGCAGACCGUGGCGUUGUAUGUGAAAAAGAUGGUGCGGGUGUUGAAGGAUGUGGAGGAAAUGUUAACGGCCAUGGCAGAAGCCGGUUCGGGGAUUUCUCCGGCUCUGCGCUCCAGUGUGCUGUCCUUCGCCGCGCAGUGUGUUGCGCUGAUUUCCCCCGACACCCUGCACGAUGAGACCGCGGUGAGUUUGCUGGCGGUAAUCUUGCCGUCCCUCAAUAAUCAGCAUAUCCAAAUCCGCCGGCAUGCCCUGCUGGUCUGCCGCAACAUCGUCGCACGGCACAAGAUCUCCUCACCGGAAGUGAAACAGCUGCUGCAGGUCCUGGUCAGUCAGGCCGACCGCAUGGAAGUCGAUGGGUUCAUCGUCAGUCAGGUGUUGGCCGAUGUGUUAGCGGGAGCAACUUCGGAGCGGACGCGUGAGUUCUGGUUGGAUGUAUUGUUCCGACCAGUCGGCAGUGAACGACUGGGCAGUGUGGCACAAUUGGAGAUGCUGAAAGCGCUGCGUUUAGUGCAGUCCGUAAGGAUUCUUGUCCGACUGAAGCCGGUAAUGGAGAAAUUAUUGGCCACCUAUGAUACAUUGGACUCCACCGAAUUAGAAAUGGUUAACGAACUGGCGGAGCGGUAUUCGGGAGCGUUUCGCGGCAGCGACGCCCAGGGACCAUGGGAAGUCGACAUGGAGACGAUGGUCUUGGCAACCAUCGAGCACGCGCUUCGUCUUCCGGGGCGCUGCGGUAUUGCCUCGCCAGCGGAAGUUGUUCUGCGAAAUUUCCAGUUCUUCGAUCGGGAGAAGUUUGGCGAUGGAUUGUUCAACCGAAUUCUAAAUAAAAUUCUGAAGUUUUACGUGGAAAAGGCGAAUCCAGCGAUGAACAGUUCGUUUCGCCGCUAUUUGAAACAUGUUCGUCUGCCGGCGGAAUUGAUUCUGCACCAGCUGAAUGGGCGCAUAGCGGAAGGCGAUGCGAAACGGAAGAAGCUGAGCGGUGCGUUAGCCCGGAUGAAUGACCCAGCACGGAAAACUGUGACGUUUUGGCGGCAUGCCAAUGAUUUGCUGGAGCUGUUGUUGAACAAGAAGAAAGUGACGGGAGUGCGGCGUGUGGUGGAGGAACUGUGCGAGCUGCUGAAGGAGUCCAUUGUGCUGACGGGGGAUGAGGACUUGAUGGAGCAGGUGGAGAUGGUGCGGCAGAAGGUGUUUGCCGUGAUUAAUUUCACUGUCAGCGACGCACGGAACAGACUACGGCCCAGCAGCUUGAAGACUUCACCGCGCAGACUGGACAUUGCCGUCAUCGUCGACUGCCUGCGCGCCAGCAGCAACAUCCACACCCAGCUUGCUGGUCUGGCUUUACUGUCCACACUGGCGCAGCGCCUGCCCUCCACCAUCCUGCAAUCGUGCAUGUCCAUUUUCUCCUUAACCGGCAGCCAUCUCCUCCACAAGGAGGACGAAUAUUCCCUCAACAUGAUCCUGCGCAUCAUCGACGCCAUCGUCCCGGUCAUCCUGCAGACCGCCGCCUCCACGGCGGACGCGGUACGCGCUAUCUGGGAGGUGCUGGUGGACGCACUGCCCCAUAUUCCCCCGCACCGGCGGGGCCUCCUGUUCGGCCGGGUGGUGGAGGUCACCGGGGAGGAGGGACUGUGGAUUGGGAUGGUGCUGUUGGGCACGCUGUACGUGGGGAAGGGACUGGCCGUGGAACCGGAGGGGAAGAGCAAGAAAUUUGGGUAUCCGGUGUUGUGUGAGUUUCUGGGGGAGUUGUUUGAGCGCUGCGAUCAGGGGAUGCGGGUAGAGAGUGUGCGGAAGGUGGUGGAGUUUGUCGUGGCAGAGACGGGGGUGCUGGAUGCUCAAACGUGGACAGCAAAACGGAAGCACGUUGAAAGGAUACGAUUCGAGAAGCCGCUGAUUCCCGCCAACUUGCCGAAAGAACAGCAGAUCCAAUUGGUAUCCGUGGCCAUGUCGUUCAUCUCCUACUAUUUCCCCAUGGAAUCACAGAAAGCUGGCAACGAUGCGGAUGCAUCACUGGAAGGUCUCCUAACAGCGCUCCUAAACAUCCAGUUCCAUGCCCGCGCCAACAGCACCCAGCGUCCACCGGCGGAACGCCCGUUAUGGGCGGAUUUACUGGCUAAAUCAUCGGCGGCGGCCACGGAAGUUCUGGGUAAAAUGUCCUGGUCGACGUUCGUCACUAUUAUGGAUAACAUCCUCAAGAAAGCGGAGGAUGAGAGCGCCUUGAAAAUGGCGCUGGAAGAGCUGGGUGGUGCGUUAAGUGUGCGAGACCGAUUGCCGACGGAUGAUGUGAAUUUGUUGAAACCGUUGGUGAACACCAUCAUUCAAAUUCUUCAGGGCGGUGUGACGAGUGCGGAUACGGAUGAGGAUGCGGCAACAGCGGGUAAGAGAAAACGCGUGGAUAGUGGCGGACACCGAGUGUCCAUCAGUCCGGUGAUCCAACGCGGAUGCCUGUACUGUCUGCGUCAGUUGGUUAUGAUCCUCGGCAAAGAACUGUGGCCGCCCGUUCUGCGUGUCUGCCUGAAUUGCCUCAAUGCCGAAGACGGGCAUGCGCUGUCCGAAAGCUUAUUAACAAUCGGAGCCAUAAUCCGCUGCGCGAAACUGGGCGUGCUUCCCAAACUCCCCAAGUUGAUGCCGCUGUUGGUGUUGUGUUUAACGCGGCGAGCGAGCAGCGGCGGCGUGGAUGUGGUCAGCGGGGUGGACGUGAUGGAGAGCGGUGUCAGUGUGCUGGGCGGUCUGCUCAGUCCGUUCUUGGCGGCGGUGUUGCGGUUGAUCGCGCUGUGGCGCGGCGUGAAAGUGAAGGACGGAUUGCGAAAACAGUUUGAUGCCGGUCUGGAGAAAUUAGAAGGCGUUGUAACCGGCGGGUUAGCGUUCCGCAUGGUGUUCGCGGCGGUGAAGGAGGCCUUCGAAAAAACUGAUGAAACUAAGGAUGUUCGUGUGGCGUUGCUGCGUAUCCUCAGCGUCAGUCUGGCGAAACUCCCGAAACCGCAGGUGGCCGAGAUGCUCAGUCUGCAGCGGCCACUGGUUGACUUCCUCUUAUCCGUCCUGGAGCAGCACCACGAAGCCGCGUCCACUCUGGCGCUGGACACGCUGAGCAGUCUAGUGCUGUACAUGCCGGACAGCGUGUUCCGCGGACUCUUCAUGCGCAUCUACCAGUGGGUGAUUUCGUCCGAGAGCGGUGAACGAUGGGUGGUGUUCUUCCGGAUUGUCGCCCGUCUGACCGACACCCUCAAGCUUCUCUUCACCAUCUUCGCGUCCACGGUGAUCGGGCAGACCGUCAAGUUGAUGGAGGCGCUGCAUGUGGUUAAAGGCGAGAGUGGCCAGUUUGCGAAAACGGAUGUGCGAGUGGAGCUACUGAAUGAAAUGUUUGGGGUGCUGAGCCGUUUCUUCAAGUUCGAUGUCGAAGGAUUCUUUAACGCCGAUCAGUACGAUAUCUUGAUGCAGCCGUUAAUCAACCAGCUGGACAAUUUCCACGACACGGUGUCCUAUCUGCGCAGCAGUCCCGCGUUGAUUGCUUGCAUUGCGGAUUUUGUGGUGUGCUUGAACGACGACAGUCUGUGGAAACCGCUGCACUACCAGAUUUGCCUGAAAAGUCGCAGUGAAAUCGCGGAAGUCCGCAUCGCCGCCCUGCAGACGCUGUCCGCGUUGGCGGAAAAGCUGGGCGAAGCGUACGGCGACCUGCUGCCGGAAGCCAUGACCUUUUUGGUGGAGCUGGCGGAGGAUGACGAUGAGGGGGUGGAGCGGCAGUGUCAGGCGACCAAGGCGGUGCUGGAGAAGGUGCUGGGCCAGUCGACCGUCUGGCAGGAAGAGUUAACGGGUGAUUAGCAGGGUUUUAUAUGAGGAAUAUGGUUUGUUAAAAGGAUUUGGUCGAUUUCGGACGGUUGUUGUCGGUUGCGGGUGGGAUAGUGCUGUCUCGGUCUGUUUUGUCUGUUGCAAAUUUUAAUUGUGUUAUAAAGUGUAGGUUUGGCUUUUUUUGUUAUAUGGUUUAGCUUUGUGGAGGAACUAGAAGGAAUAUAUUCGGGAAAACAAAUUAUUUGAUAAGUGUUCGACUAUAUACAGAUUAUUUGAUAAGCGAAGCGAAGUAGGUAUUCUUUACCUUGUCGUCUUGCUGUUUAAUUUAAAAAAAACU